GAUGUGUCAGUCAAUUCAUCUAUCCACGACAGCCAGAACAAAUAAAUACUCUGCCAUGGCCACCACACAGAUCAUUAUUAGUACAGUGUGCAUAGUUUGUGCGACAUUUUUGAAUGAUAGUGAGCCGUGAGCUUUUUGUCGUUAAAACACUGUUCCAACUUUAGUCCCCAUUAUGAACGUGCGAAGAAAUGUUAAAUCGCUCCGUGGCACUGGAUGGCGCACUUGCAAUUGACUAUUGAUAAUUCGCUGCAGCUUCCGCUUCCGAGAGUAAAGAAGCCGCAGUAUCAACAUUUGCGAGUUAGAUUUCACAUUUCAUUUCAGAUUCCCCACAUUAAAAAGAGGUGUCUCGGGAUGUCGGGGCAGAAGCGUCCUGCAGACCCCAGUGGCCCUACCUCAACCUCUGGUGUGCACCUAGAGAAGCGGAGAGAGCGGGAUGGAGAGGACGGAGGUCCCGGUAUAAGUGCGGCAGCUGCAGGUGGAAGCACAGCAGUGGAGACGGUCAUCAAACUGGGAGGGGUUUCUAACUCGGAAGAACAAGAUAUAAAAGCUCUCCAGGCGAAGAACCGGAAACUGGGUGAAUCUUUAGAUCAAAGACAGGGGAUUGAAGAUGAAUUGCGAGAGCGAAUCGAGAGAUUAGAGACCCGCCAGGCCACGGAUGACGCAAGCCUGCUUAUCCUCAAUAGAUACUGGAACCAGCUUGAUGAAAAUAUUAAGAUGUUCGUCAGAUUGUAUGACCAAUCGCCAAGUGAACCAGAGAAGUCUCCAACGGGAGAGGGUAGGAACCUGAAGCCGGAAACCCCUGAACCCGAUGGAGACUCCAAUCAGGAGAGGGCCAAGGACAGAGGCCACCAGGGUGAAACAUCCAACUCUUUCCUGGCUACCCUGGCCAGCAGCACCAGUGAGGAGAUGGAAGCCGAGCUCCAGGAGAGGGUGCAGUCCAGUCAAAUGCAGGUCACUCAUGUUGUGGAGAUCUACAAUUGUCUAAAGAGCACAGUAGACCAACUGAAGGCAGACAUGGAUUCUGGAGUUGCUGGGAGCAUGUGCCAUGUCGCUUCCAAAUUAAACACGCUGCUGACCAGUGAAAAUGAGCGUCUUCAACAACUCUCUGAGGACCUCAAGCAGAAACACAGUCACAUGACCAGUGAGUCCCGAGCUCUUGGCCGUGCAGCAAACAAGGCAGACCAGCGUGUCAGCGAGCUGCAAGUUCUGAGUGAAGAGCUUCAGUGGGAUAUGGAGAAGAUCCGUCGACGAGAAAAUCGCCUCAAUGCACACAUGAGUGAGAUACUGGAGAGGGUGAACAGCAAAGGUUACAAAGUAUGUGGGGAGGCCAGUAGCGUAUGUGGAACCAUCACUAUCAACAAAAGAAAGUUUGAGGAAAUGAACAGUGAACUGGAAGAAAACCAAGAGCUGGCAGACAAUCGUCUCAUUGAGCUUCAGAAGCUCCAGCAGGACCUUCAGAAUGUGUUUCAGGAGAACAACAACAUGAAGGCUGAGCUGCUGAGUCGAGCGGAGGGCAUGGUGAAGGAUACCUCUGAGUAUCGCUGUCUGCAGUCACAGUUUUCUGUGCUGUAUAAUGAGUCUCUGAUCCUCAAGGCUCAGUUGGACGAGACACGGGCCCGUCUCAACACAACUAGGACGGCACGCCUUCGGCAGCUGGAGCACAUGGAGAACGAUGAGGUGACUCUGCAGAGGAAGGUUCGCACUGAAGUGUUUCAGCUGGAAGAUACCCUUGCUCAAGUUAGGAAGGAGUACGAGAUGCUGCGUAUUGAAUUCGAACAGACUCUUGCCGCCAACGAGCAGGCAGGCCCAAUAAACAGAGAGAUGCGGCAUCUGAUCAGCACCCUACAAACUCAUAACCAGCAGAUGAAGGGAGAAGUUGUGAAAUACAAGCUGAGAUUGAGAGAGACACAAGCUGAACUUAACCAGAUUCGCAUUUCAAAGGGAAGUACCAUUCUGCAAACCCAGUCAAGCACGGAAAUGGACAUGAAGGAGGAGACGACAUCCCCUACGACAGCAGCUGUCUCAGGAGAGCCAGCGGUCAAGUUAGAACCUCCUGAGAACGACUCUUUUACACCAAACAGCACUGGCAUCUCUGUGAAAACCGAGCCAGGAGUUGAACCUGAGAUAACAACCAAGGAGGAGGAAAAAGAGGAGAAGAAAGAGAAGGAGGACAAGAAAGACAAAGAAAUCAUUAAGAAAGAGGAGAAAGACCGUGAGAGGGAAAAGGAGAGAGAGAGGCCAACUCGGAGUGGCACGAAGAGUAGUGGAAUAAAGGAAGAGAAGGAGAAACUGUCAAUUGGCAACCAACUUGACGAGUCAUCUGGGGAACGUCUUUCUGCUGCUGGAGGGCCAAAGCGGAAAGAGAUGGAGCAGCUGAAAAUUGUCAGAGUAGAGCUCAAGAAAGCUCAGGAGUCCCAGAGGGAAAUGAAGCUGCUCUUAGACAUGUAUCGAUCAGCGCCGAAAGAGCAGAGGGACAAAGUCCAGCUGAUGGCAGCGGAGAAGAAGGCCAAGUCAGAGUCGGAGGAGCUGCGUCAGAGACUCAGGGAGCUGGAGGAGCGGGAGAGGAGAGAGGGCAAAAAAAUGGCUGACGAGGAGGCCCUAAGAAAGAUUCGCUCUGUGGAGGAACAGAUCGACAUCCUGAACAAAAAAUUGUCUAUAGCAAAACAGGAGGAAGACGCAUUGCUGAGUGAGAUGGACGUGACGGGACAGGCCUUUGAGGACAUGCAGGAACAGAACAUUCGCUUGAUGCAGCAGCUCCGGGAAAAGGACGAUGCCAACUUCAAGCUGAUGAGUGAACGGAUCAAGUCCAACCAGAUCCACAAGUUACUGAAAGAGGAGAAGGAGGAGCUGUCGGAUCAGCUGCUCACUUUAAAAACACAGGUGGAUGCCCAGCUGCAGGUGGUGAGGAAGCUUGAGGAGAAAGAGCGCCUCCUGCAGGGCACCAUCAGCACUGCUGAGAGGGAGUUGACGCUGAGGACGCAAGCACUGGACAUGAACAAACGCAAGGCUCAAGAGUCAACGUUGUUGUCAGAGGAAGUUCGACUUCAGCUGGAGCAGGUUCAGCAGAGGCUCGGCGUGGUCCGAGAGGAGGUCGUAGAAAAUAGCAUCUCGAGAGAGAAGGAGUCGUUUAACUCCCGGCGAGCACAGGAGGACAUCUCGAAACUGAGGAGAAAAAUCGAGAAGGCAAAGAAACCAGCUGAGAAAAUUAGCAAUGGAGAUGAAAUCCUAAAUGAAGAAAUUAGUGAGUAUAAGGCUCGUCUCACGUGUCCCUGUUGCAACUCCCGGGUAAAGGAUGCCGUCCUGACAAAGUGCUUCCACGUCUUCUGCUUCGAGUGCGUCAAGACACGCUACGACACACGCCAGAGGAAAUGCCCCAAGUGCAACGCUGCAUUUGGAGCCAACGACUUCCAUCGCAUUUACAUCGGCUAGGCCUGCGAGUCCGUUCUUAAUGGGAAGCAGGACAAGGACGAGCAGUAUAGUGCAGAUGGUGCCCAGAGCGAGGCUGGCCACAGCGCCUUCUCUUCUCUUUUGUGGUUAGGCUCUCAUGGAGAAGUUGCUCCAGAAUAUGUGUGCAGCCACAAGCUGGACUCAAGGCUUUAAGGUUUUUACUUUGUAUGUGUAUCUUACGCACACGCGCGUAUGUACACACACACACACACGCGCGCGCGCGCACACGUGGACUAACAACAUUCCCAUGGUUCCUCAGAUUGAAGUUAAUGGUGUGUAAUGUUUGUGCGUAAAAAUUGUUGCUGUUUCUUUUUUUAAUGAAAACUGCUGAAACUCUACUGACAUUUUCGCAAGUGACCAGGUGUUGUCACUGAUUAUUAAACUGAAAGUUGAGUCUUUC